GUUUGUGACGCGAGUACUGAGCACGGCAGUAUAUUAUUGAGCAAUAUGUCUGCUCCUAGUGAGUGCAGGUUGUGCUUGUGCUUGUGUUUCCAUCUCCGGGUUCGUGCCAGCCCUUGUUCACUUUCACCUCACCUUCGCCUUAAGGAGCCUUUCCCGUUGCCUUGCCUCUGAAACCAGCUACCAAGUACAUCAUCUCUACCUCUUACAACUACUGCUCUCUUAGGUGUCGUCAACAUGCCCGUAAACAACAACACUCCAGAUGUUGAGAAAGACCACGCCGGCAGCGGCUCCUUAAAUGGCGGCUACGACCUUCAUCAUGACCACCACGACGAAGAUACAGCCUUGAGAAGACUCCGGACUGCCGGAAGCAUCUCUAUCAGCCCGGAGCUCUUCGAGAAGAUCUACCUCUCGCCCAAGAAUCGUGUCUCAAACAACAUCCGAUCGACCUUUGGCAACCCAACUCCCCUCGCUCUAGUCGGCUUCCUGCUCUCCUUGACUCCUCUUUCCAACGUCUUGUUAGGUUGGCGUGGUGCUGGUGGCCUCGGUGCCGCUGAAGUCGGUGCCUACUUCUUCUUCGGCGGUCUCCUCAUGAUCCUGGGUGGUCUCCUCGAAUUCGUUCUAGGCAACACUUUCCCCUUUGUCGUGUUCGGGUCCUUUGGAGCAUUCUGGUUCACUUUUGGAGCCACCUUGACGCCAUCCUUCAAUGCCUCGAUCGCUUAUGACCCGACUCAUCCAGCGGCGGCAUCAUCCAACCCCACGUUUGCUUCUACCUUCGCCUUCUUCCAUGUCUACAUGGGCGUUCUCUGUUUCGUCUACAUGAUCGUCGCACUCCGAACCAAUAUCGUCUUUGUCGGAAUCUUUCUGACCCUUGUAUGCGCUUUCGGCUGUCUUGCCGCCUACUUCUUCGAGAUUGGGCAGGGGCACGUCAACCUUCAACUCCAACACGCCGCAGGAGGUCUUACCUUUGUUACAUGCCUACUGGGAUGGUACCUUUUCUUCGUGCAGCUGCUUGCGGCUGUCGACUUCCCUCUCAACCUCCCGGUUGGUGAUCUGAGCAGGUUCAUUAGAGGGGCCAGUGAGCGGGUCAAGGCCGAGUAAUGCGCUCGGCGACACGAACACAGAACGCAGACAGUCGUGCUUGGGCAACAUGUGCCAACAGAAAACAGCAUGCUGGAGAUGAGGUGGUGGUGGUGGUUCUUGAAGAAGCACUGAGGAGGAUGCUGAGAAACAAAUACUUUGCACGGAGAGGU